AAGUUGUAUUUUUAUGUGGUAUCAAAUUUGGACAUGAGAUUUCUUUUCUGUGUCCCUUUUUGUCAGAUGCACAACGGAAAGGAGUUUCUUCUCACAGAUACCGUUGGUUUUAUCCAAAAGUUACCAACCACCCUGGUUGCUGCUUUCAGAGCAACACUCGAAGAAAUAUCAGAGUCAAGCCUUUUGGUGCAUGUUGUUGACAUCAGCCACCCACUGGCACAGCAACAAAUAGAAGCUGUGGAAAAGGUUAUGUCUGAACUCGAUGUUGUAUCAAUCCCAAAACUGGUUGUGUGGAAUAAGGUUGAUAGAGUGGAUGAUCCUCAAAAGGUCAAGCUGGAAGCAGAGAAAAGUGGGGAUACUAUUUGUAUAUCUGCUCUGACUGGAGAAGGACUUGACAACUUCUGCAAUGCUGUUCAUGAGAAGCUUAAGGAUUCAAUGGUUUGGGUUGAAGCCCUUUUGCCAUUUGAUAAAGGGGACCUUCUAAGCACCAUACACAAGGUUGGAAUGGUGAAAGAAACUGAAUAUACUGAGAAUGGGACGCUUAUCAGGGCACACGUUCCGCUUCGUUUUGCACAGCUGCUUAAACCUAUGAGACACUUGGUCAAAGAUGCUUCCAUAAGGCAAAAAGGGUGAACCAGAAUCAUAGCAAGAACCUAAGGCCUGUCUUUUACUCAGAAACGUAGGCCACAUGUUUGGCCAAAACACCCGAAAGCAAAAGGAGUUCAAACAACCUCCUGAACAUACACACCACAAUGAAUGACAGUAAGGAAUAUUCGUAGAUAAAAAGGAAUGCAGCUAGACACAAGCAAGCUAAGCUUGAACCCCCUACUUGACAUCGUGUGAACUGGCACUGCAGAUGUUAUUUCAUCAGUGAUAACCCUUUUUGUACAUAGAGCAUCCGGUUUGGAAACACGGGGUGUAUAAAUAUUUCACUUAACCAAAACUAGCGCCUGGUUCGAAUACCAAUCCUAACAUAUUAAAACU